UUAAAAAAACUUAAUUUUUUAAUUUUGGAUUUUUUUAGCCUGACAAUGAUAGCAGUUUGGAUUCUGAAAGAAAAUACUAUGUUGCCACUCAGGGAACAUUGACUAACACUCUAGGAGAUUUUUGGUGGAUGGUUUGGCAAUUAAAUAGUAGAGUAAUUGUUAUGACAACCAGAGAGGUUGAAAGAGGAAAGAAUAAAUGUGCAAAAUACUGGCCAGAUGUUGAUGAAGUAAAGCAAGCUGGAAAAAUUACAAUAAAGGGCAUUGUUGAAUCACCUACUGUUGAUUAUACAUUAAGAGAGUUUGAAGUAACUAAAGAAAAUGAGGUAAUAUUUCAUCUAACGGAAAAUGAUUUGUUUAAAAAAAAUAUAUAUAGUGAUUUGUGAUUUAAGUUUUUUAUAAUAAAUUCAGCAUCUAA